AUGCAAUCAUCUAAGAAGAGCGCGGAGCAGAAUAUCCUGAGAGUUCUAUGCGGAGUGAUGGUCAUGGCCUCGAGCGGUCACGGCGCAAGAGUUGUCAGUGGUCAGACGGUGUGUCAGGGAGGGGAGGAGCGUCCAUGCUAUAAGAUUGCCUACUUCCGGGAAAUGACCAGCCGGAUUGCAUUCAGCGAGGCCAGACAGGCAUGUGAGAUGGACGGAGGGUCGUUGCUGAGUGUAGAGAGCGCUGCGGAGCAGAGACACAUAGAACACCUGCUACAGGAGCUUCGGACCUCCUCAACAGGAGCAGGGACAGAAACGGGGGUAGGAGCAGGUACCGGUAAUGGAGGAAUAGCAGACGGGGAUUUCUGGAUCGGGCUGAUGAGGACAGAAGGAGAACACACACAGGAAAACGGCGGCUUCGCCUCCUGUCCUGACCUCUACCUCUGGACCGAUGGGAGUGUGUCCCAAUUCAGGAACUGGUAUUUUGACGAGCCGUCGUGCGGAGGGGAGGCAUGUGUAGUGAUGUACCACCAGCCUACAGCGCUCCAUGGGCUGGGCGGGGCCUACAUGUACCAGUGGAACGAUGACAGGUGCAACAUGAAGCACAACUUCAUCUGCAAGUACGAACCAGGUACGCAGCAUCACACAGAGAGCCGUCUGGGGAAGGAGCAGGGGGACAGGCCUGGAGCUCGUGACCCAGAUGUGGCGGUGGUGCAGGCAGAUGAGGUCAAACAAUCCGGACCAAGUGAGGACGACGCCCCACACGUAGUCAUAGCUGGAACCUCAGGUAUGCUGCUGGUUUAUGUAAUCAUCCCCACCAUCCCUCUGCUGCUGCUCAUCCUGGUGGCUUCUGGGACUUGCUGUUUCCAGAUGUUUAGUAAGAGCAAACCACGGACCAAAACCAGUGUUAACCACCAAUCAACGCUCUGGAUCUCCAAGACACCCAAGACAGACAGCAUGGAAGUAUGA